UCCGUUCGUGGUCCGCUCGCGCGCGCGCGCUCGUAGGUGGCGGUUGGAGCGGUUCAAAGGCGCGAGCGGUGCCCACGAGACGCUUUGUCCGUUAAACGGGUCGCUCGGAGGCUCGAGAUGUGGAGCAACGCGGGAAGCUUUGAUGGAGGGUUUGGUGACGGAGGAGGUGGUGGAUACCUGCAGUCACCUGGAGGAUUUGGGUCACCUGCGGGAGGCAGCCAGGCUGAGCGAAAAACAAGGUCACGAGCCCAGCAAAUUGUUCCUUGCACAGUAUCGCAGCUAUUGUCAACUUCUCAGGCAGAAGAAGUUUUCAGGAUUGGAGAAGUGGAGCUAUCCCAGGUGACUGUAGUUGGUGUGAUCAGGGAUGCAGAGAAAGCACCUACAAAUAUUUUGUAUAAACUGGAUGAUAUGACAGCAGCUCCGAUGGAUGUGAGACAGUGGGUAGACACCGAUGAAGUUGGGAGUGAAAAUAUUGUGGUUCCUCCAGGAACGUAUGUCAAAGUGGCUGGCCAUCUCCGAUCAUUCCAGAACAAGAAGAGCUUGGUAGCUUUCAAGAUAAUGCCUUUGGAAGACAUGAAUGAGUUCACUUCACACAUGCUGGAAGUCGUGCAGGCUCAUCUUUUGCUAAACAAAGCACAGUCUGCACCUGGAGGAUCUGCCGCUGCUUUCAAUACUCCAGCUCAACGUGAUGGGGGUGGCACAAUGGGAAUGUACUCAGGCAGUAAUGAUAUGGUAAUGAAUGGACUAACGAGUCAACAAAGCCAGGUGUUAAAUUUAAUUCGAAACUGUCAAGAACAGGAGGGCAUGAGCAUUGACUUUAUGAGGAGAACAGUGAAGAACAUGAACAUCGUUGCAAUCAAACAAGCUGUGGAAUUCCUGAGCAACGAGGGGCAUAUCUAUUCUACAGUGGAUGAGGAUCAUUAUAGAUCAACAGAUGCUGAAUAAAUGUGGAACGUCGCUUAAUGAUAUGAAGCUUAAAAUAUUAACUGUUCAAAACCUUCAGAGUCCCAUCAUAGGACAGAAGGAGGAAGCAGACUUCUUUUCUGGAAGCCACUGCAGUGAAGUAUAAAUCAGAUCAAAUGCCAAACAAUAUUUGUUCGCUUGAUGUUUGGAGUUGAUACAUUUUGUUUGCAUUGUAAGUCAUUGGAUUCCCUUUGUUUGGUGGUAAUUCUGCACUUAAAUCAAUGCAGAAACUAGAUUAGAAAAUAUUUGAACGCUAGUUGUACAACUCCCAACAGAAUAGAAUCUGGCUCCAAAAAUUUAUCGGUGGGUCCAACUGCGCUGCUGGUGUCAUCAGGGAAUUAAAGUGGAGGUUCCAGCCAGAUUUGAUUGUCAAUAUUACAAAAUAUAGUGUCUGUAAAUUGGUUGACUUAUUACAAUGUUCAAUCUAUUUUGAGUUUAAUUAGCGAUUGUCUACUUGGCUAAUUGGAGCAGUGGAAUUCCAUCAAAAGUUGGACAGUGCAUUCAAGUCGCUGGGAGGGUCCAUUUCCAGGCUGGGUUCGGAGUAACCGUUACAUAAACUGCUAAAAAGAAAUGCUACCAAGUUUUGUAAACAUCUAAUUACUGCACAUACAGUAACACUGAAAUUGUUUCAAAAUGAUUUGAAACUCUUUACAGACUUAUACAAGGAAUGUAAUUUGGUGGAAUUCCCUGGAACGGGUCUUGUCAUUUUACUUGUUUUUUUUGGGUGGCAGCAGAUGCGUGGGAAUUCAGGAAUUCCUAAAUGUUGUAAAUGCUUGUGACUUUAUUUUAUACUGGAUCAAACUUCAUUUAUGUUUGUAGCUCAAUAAAAAUGCUUGGAAUAUGAUAUAAGGAUCUAAGAAACUUCUGUGAUCAUUGUGAAUGAUUGGAAUAUGUGUGAUUUUUGCUUCUGUAUGUAACUUAGAUUUCUAUUGCUAAUAAAGUAAGAAAAAGGAAA